AUGGAAGAUACCGUAUAUCGAGUGCCAUCAGCACAAGAAAUGAAAAUCCUCAAGAGUACAUUUUUCGUCAGCAACAUUCACUGUGCCUCCUGCGUUGCAUACAUCACCGAGAUUCUCUUUGAAUACUCUGGGGUCCGAAAUGUCGAUGUCUCGAUUCUCGCCCCCGAGGUGCGUGUCAUUCAUACAUCCGAAACGACGCCCUCGGUUCUAGCUAUGGCCCUGAUCCAAGCGGCUUUCGAAGUUCAUCACGUCACAACCGAGAAUGAGAAGGGCUCUCUGGUGUUUGACAUCGACACAAUGCCUUGGCUAUCUCGAGAUCAUAAACUCUUCCCUGUCCAGCAGAAUCCUCGCUCCCAAACGGGCCUAGAGAAUAGACAUAUUGCAAACUGUGCUGCAUGUAGAAAAGAAGAUAUGGCAAGAGGGUCCACCACAUCCAGCCUUUCUGAGACCCGGCCAUCACAGAACCCAGAAGAGUCGGCCAAGUUCAGUGCUCGCAUAAGCAUCGGUGGGAUGACCUGUGCGUCAUGUGUCAACAGCGUCACGAACGAACUAAAUCAGCUUGAGUUCGUUGAGAUUGUGACCGUCAACCUUCUUACCAACAGUGCGACGGUGGUUUGUACAGGUCCGCAGAAAAACACACAACGGGUGGUGAACCAGAUAGAGGACAUCGGUUUUGAGGCUACCCUUGAAGAGGUUCAGCGCGUGGACAUACUCCCGGCGUCCAACAGAGUGCCAGCAGCCUAUACUGCUGAGAUCGCUAUCGGUGGCAUGACGUGUGGCUCUUGUGCGGGCGCUAUAACCCGGGGACUUGAGGAGCUGCCCUUCGUGAAAUGCGUUUCGGUGAACCUCCUAUCUCACAAUGGAAAGGUGGAGUUUGAGGGGCAAAGCAAUAUUGGCUUGAUCGUGGAGAAGAUCGAGGAUCUAGGGUAUCACGCUUCGGUUAGCAGUUUGGUUCCCCAGUCUACAGAUCCAGGGGAAGACGAAAUCAAGAAAAGGACAAUAUCGAUCCGUGUGGAUGGCAUGUUCUGUCACCAUUGCCCAAAAAAGGUCAUCGAUGCAUUAAAGGAACUCCCAGAAGUCGAAGUCGACAACAUGCCGUCUGUUAAAAAUCCUAUCCUUCGAGUUACUUAUCAGCCAUGUCCUCCUGCAGUUACCAUCAGAAGGAUAAUCGACGUUCUCAACAAAGCACACGAUGCCUUCAACGCCGCCGUAUACCACCCCCCGAGCAUUGAAGACCGGUCGAGGGCAAUGCAACAGCAUGAAAGACGCCGGCUGCUGUCCCGUCUCUUCUUCGUUUUCAUAGUGGCAAUCCCGACCUUCUUGAUUGGUAUCGUGUUCAUGAGCUUGGUUUCAUCGGACAAUCGAGUUCGAAAAUACCUAGAGCAGCCGAUCUGGGCUGGAAACGUGUCUCGUAUUGAAUGGUCCCUUCUCAUCAUGACGACUCCCGUCAUGUUUUACGGCACAGAUAUAUUCCAUGUGCGCGCCAUGAAGGAAAUAUAUUCACUUUGGCGCCCUGGAAGUCGCGUACCGGUAUGGCGUCGAUUUCUUCGGUUUGGCAGCAUGAAUCUGCUGAUUUCUGCCGGAACAACCGUGGCUUAUGUAUCCUCGCUGGCCGUCCUCAUUGCUGAUGCCGUCGUCGAUACCCCGUCCUCAUCGCAUAACAUGACGUAUUUCGAUUCGGUGGUUUUCCUAACGCUCUUCAUUCUUGCCGGUCGGUUCAUUGAAGCGUACAGCAAGGCCAAGACUGGCGAUGCGGUCGCCUCUCUUGGAAAGCUGAGGCCUUCCGAUGCGCUGUUAAUUGUCGAUAACAAUACUCAAGGAGAGGAUGUCCAGCGAACUAGUAUUGACUUACUUGAGAUUGGUGAUUCGGUCUACAUACCUCACGGAGCUUCACCCCCCGCAGAUGGCACUGUUAUUGACACUGGCUCUUAUCAAUUUGACGAGAGCUCACUGACAGGGGAGUCAAAGCCGGUCACAAAGUCCGCAGGAGAUGCGGUCUAUACAGGGUCGGUGAACGUGGGCCAGCCUGUGAAAGUCAAGGUGAGCGCUGUCGGAAGCUCUUCGAUGCUGGAUCAGAUUAUUGCGGUGGUCCGUGAAGGCCAGAGUAGGCGUGCUCCUUUGGAGAGGGUCGCGGAUAUGCUCACAUCCCACUUUGUUCCUGUAAUCACCCUCAUCGCUAUAGUAACGUUUGUCAUCUGGCUAUCCCUGGGACUAUCGGGAGUCCUUCCGGCAGAUUAUCUUGACGCGGAACGUGGGGGAUGGGCUUUCUGGAGCUUGGAAUUCGCUAUUGCGGUGUUCGUGGUUGCUUGCCCGUGUGGGCUUGCACUUGCUGCUCCUACUGCGCUAUUUGUCGGCGGUGGUUUGGCUGCACGACAGGGGAUUUUGGUCAAGGGUGGAGGUGAAGCUUUCCAAGAAGCAAGCCACCUCGAUGCCAUUGUUUUUGACAAGACUGGCACUCUGACCGAAGGAGGAAGCUUGGCUGUGUGUGAUCAUGAGGAGCUUAUCAAAGACGCUGAGAAUUUGCAAGUUGCCUGGGCACUAGCUCGAAAACUGGAGGAGAGUAGCACCCAUCCAAUUGCUCGGGCAAUUGCAGAAUUUUGCGGAGAGAGACCUUCCAUCUCCAUACUCAAUUCUGAUAUUGAAGAGAGAACCGGGGAGGGGAUGAAAGGCAUAUUCACGGUACAGGUGGAGAGUGCCACUGAUCAGUCCAAGACGACCGUCCAGUAUGAGGCUGCACUGGGCAAUCAGCGUCUUCUACAGAACAUGAACUCGUCUAACUUCAAUGAGGGUCGUCUCAAUGACCUGCUUUCGAAAUAUCAAACAUCAGGAAAGUCUACGGCAAUCCUCUCAUUGCGCCAAAUUGACCCAGAGACGGUAAGCAGGUGUCCUACCACCCCUGCUAUUGUCUUCGCGAUAUCCGACUCCAUCCGACCUGAAGCUGUGAACGUGAUAUCCAAGCUCCAAAAGCGCAAGGUCAAUGUCUUCAUGUGUACCGGCGACAACCAGACCACCGCGCACGCCGUUGCAGACAUGGUAGGUAUUCCCAAAGCCAAUGUCAGAUCGAACGUCACCCCAUCCGGGAAGGGAGAUUUUGUCCGCCAAGUCCAAGAUGGCAUCUACCACGAUCGAACGGAGUCUGAGGCCGAAAGCCAAAAGAAUGAGAACGGUUCGCGCUCUAUUGUAGCUUUCGUUGGCGACGGUGUGAACGACUCCCCUGCCCUCGCCGCCGCCGACGUGAGCAUCGCUAUGGCCUCCGGCUCCGAUGUUGCCAUGAACUCCGCCAGCUUUAUUCUCCUGAACUCCGAUCUGGAUACUAUUCUCCAGUUGGUCGUGCUCAGCCGUCGGGUGUUUAAACGCGUCAAACUGAACUUCUGCUGGGCCGUUGUGUAUAACCUCACCCUUGUGCCUAUUGCCGCUGGUCUGCUAUAUCCCAUCGUCACUGGACAUAAAAUGCAAAUGGGGGCCGGCGAGCCAGUCAUGGUCAAUACACACUGGAGGUUGAACCCUGUUUGGGCUGCGUUGGCGAUGGCUCUGAGUAGUAUUUCGGUGGUAUGCAGCAGUCUUGCUCUAGGGAUUGAUAUGAGGAUGAUCAAAAAGAUGCUUGCAAUGACUAAAUAA